AUGCCGCAGGCGUUACUACAUGAUGUCAAGUUUAAUCAUACCGUUGUACAAAUGACGUCACCGAUAGCAUUUUUUGUUGUCAGCGAAGCUGAGCUUGGUAUAAAACGCCUUAAUCCUGUUGCAAUUCAGAUGGACUAUACACCAGACUCUAAAGUCUACACUCCGUUGGAUGGUAAAAACUGGUUUCUCGCUAAAUCGUUUGUGCAGAGAGCCGAUUUCAACACUCUUCAUUUGAUAGAGAAACGUCUCAAGACUCACCUCUACUUAGAUGCACCUUGUACUCUGUCGGAGAAAUACUUCUCUGAAUAUCACCCCGUUUAUCAGCUUUUAAGACAGCACUGCCGGGCAGCGUUGGAAACCAAUAAGCUGUUUGAAAUAAAGUUAUUCGGUAAGAUCUUUCUGUUUUUCAACGCCUUAUUAGCUUUUCUUUGA